AUGCAGUUCUCUCUCUCCGCUAUUGUUCUCGGCCUUGCCGCCACUGCCUACGCUCUUCCCCCCAUGGGCCCCUCCGCCGGUGGUGAGGGUAACGCCAACGGUAUUGCCAACAAGGGCAACACCAACGUUCGCUUCCCCGUUCCCGACAACAUGACCGUCAAGCAGGCCCAGGCCAAGUGCGGUGACCAGGCUCAGCUCUCUUGCUGCAACAAGGCCACCUACGCCGGUGACACCACCGAUGUCAACUCUGGCAUGCUCGGCGGCACCCUCAGCAACCUCAUCGGCUCUGGCUCCGGUGCUUCCGGUCUCGGUCUCUUCGACCAGUGCUCCAAGCUGGAUCUCCAGAUCCCCAUCCUCAUUGGUAUCCCCAUCCAGGAUCUCAUCAACCAGAAGUGCAAGCAGAACAUUGCCUGCUGCCAGAACUCUCCUUCCAGCGCCAACUCCGACCUCAUCGGUCUUGGUCUUCCUUGCGUUGCCCUUGGCUCCAUCCUCUAA